CCCUAAUUCUCCUUCACCUGCCACGUCUUUCGCUCUCCCCGAAGCCGAGGCUUGCCGUCACUCCUUCCGCUUCCAGGGCCCCCGCUGAGUUAGCAGUCGUCUGCGUUCUGGCCAGUGCAUUCACCUCGUCCUUGCAUCUGCGAUUGAAUACAAUCCGCUCCUGCUCUUACCUAUAAAAGUGGCCUCCUCAAUCCUCCUGCGGUCUUCCAGCAGGUUGUUUCACCAACUCAACUCUCGUCUCGGCCGCCUCCCCGCCAUUACUCCCGCUCCCGCAACUACCAGGAUCCUGUCGACGUCUACAAAUAUGGCUACAUUAGCAGCUCAGAAGCAGCACAAGGUGACCAUUGUCGGGUCUGGCAAUUGGGGCACCACCAUGUCCAAGUUGGUUGCCGAGAACGUGCAGGCAAAUCCUCAUCUCUUCCAACAGACUGUGCAAAUGUGGGUGUAUGAGGAGGAGUGCAUCAUACCCAAGGGUUCGCGCCACUACGAUCCUUCGUCGGACAUGUCCACGAAACCGCAGAAGCUUUCGCACGUCAUCAACACACUACACGAGAACAUCAAGUACCUCCCCGGUAUCACACUCCCUUCCAAUGUCGUAGCGAACCCCGAUUUGCCGGCCGCCGUCAAGGACUCGACCAUCCUGGUCUUUGUGCUGCCCCAUCAGUUUAUUCCGCGGGUGUGUGAUCAGCUUGUUGGGCAUAUUGUUCCUUUCGCACGCGGCAUCUGCUGCACCAAAGGCGUGGAUGUGAGCGAAAAGGGCAUCAGGCUCAUGUCAGAGGCGAUCGGCAUGCGGCUCAACAUAUACUGCGGAGCUCUUUCGGGCGCCAACAUUGCCUCCGAAAUCGCCCAAGAGAAGUAUUCCGAAACCACUGUCGCCUACGACCCUCCACCAAUGGACUCCCGGCAUCCGACACCCAAGGUCUCGCCAUCGUCUUCCCAGGUCGAUCUCAUUUCUCCAAGCAGGGUCAAUCCAAGCUCUCGGUCAGCACCUCUAAUCCCUCUCCCAUCCGAUUACCCUCCGCUUUCAAGGGAGAACAUUCGUAAGCUUUUUCAUCGGCCAUACUUUCAUGUUCGUAUCGUCGACGAUGUCGCUGGUGUAUCCCUGGGUGGGGCCUUGAAGAACAUCAUCGCACUUGCAGCGGGAUACGUCGACGGUCUGGGCUGGGGGGACAACGCCAAGGCCGCCGUGAUGCGUGUCGGUAUCCUAGAAAUGGUUCGGUUCGGCAAAGCCUUCUUUGGAGACAGUGUCAAGACGGGCACGUUCACCGAGGAGAGUUGCGGUGUUGCCGAUGUCAUCACGUCCUGCAUGGGAGGGCGGAAUUUCCGCUGCGCCAAGAGGUCCAUCGAAACAGGGAAAAGCAUCUACGAGAUUGAGGAGACUGAGCUCAAUGGGCAGAAGUUGCAAGGCACCAGUACAGCGCAUGAAGUUCACACCUUUCUGAAAUCUCAAGGGCUAGAGGCCGAAUACCCGCUGUUCACGGCAGUCUAUGACAUUUUGGAGGGCAAUGUGAAACCGGAACAGAUUCCAGAGCUCAUCGAACCCAAGGAUUAGGUACUCUUCGAGGGUGGCGUGUGAGACAGCCUGAUUCUCCAUCGACUAUACCUCCUGACAAAUGCUAAACUAAUACACACUACAAUUGCGUUUCAUCCAUUGUUCACUGAAGUCAAAGUUGCAGGUCACGCCAUGGGCGGCUUUACAUCGUCCUGGGAUAACACGGCUGACUCGUUUGCGAUCGCUUCGCAUGCAUAGCGGACUCCGCCAUCCUACGCACUGAGUUCUGCCGG